AUGAAAAGAGAGCAUCAGAGUUAUCAUCAAUAUCCCUAUCCAGACCCAUCAUCCAUGGCUUCCACCUCUGCCGGCGACUGUGGCAAAGCCUCCAAUAAGAUGUGGGAAGAAGAUGCCCAACGAAUCGACGGUGGGAUGGACGAGCUUCUGGCCGUGUUGGGGUACAAGGUACGGUCCUCUGACAUGGCAGAGGUCGCCCAGAAGCUCGAACAGCUUGAAGAAUUCAUGGGUAGUGUUCAGGAAGAUGGCCUUUCGCAGCUUGCUUCUGAUACCGUUCACUAUAACCCCUCGGAUCUAUCGACGUGGCUAGAGAGCAUGAUCACCGAGAUCAACCCACCUCCCAAUUUCGACCCUUUAAUGGCUGCUGCCGCUGUACCGCUUCCUAAUCAGCAGCAACAAGUCCAACUCGGCGACGACUCGUUCUUAGCUCCGGCCGAGUCCUCCACCAUCACCUCCAUCGAUUUCCGAGAUCAACAGGUGAGCAAAUCACUGAGCCCUCCUCCUCCACAAACUCAAAAUCAUCAUCCUCACCAUCAGGUAGUGUUCGACGACUGUAAUUCCUCUUCCAACUACUACGAUCUCAAAGCUACCAUGUUCACCCAAACCCACCACGAUUCUUCGUCCCGGGAGGCCAAGCGACUCAAACCCUCAUCUGGGUCUUCUGCCUCUGACCUCGUCUUCAACCGGCGCACCGCCUCUUCUCUUCCGCAACCACAACCCCUCUCCAUCCCCACCACCGAGUCAUCAACUCGCCCUGCCCUCCUGGUCGACUCACAAGAGAACGGGGUCCGACUCGUUCACGGCCUCAUGGCCUGCGCGGAAGCCGUUCAGCAAAACAACCUCAACCUGGCCAAAGCUCUGGUGACCCAGAUCGGCUACUUGGCAAUUUCUCAAGCAGGUGCUAUGCGAAAAGUUGCAACCUACUUCGCCGAAGCUCUAGCUCAAAGAAUCUUCAGAGUCUACCCUCAGUCCCCAAUCGAUCACUCAUUCUCCGAUAUGUUGCAGAUGCACUUCUACGAGACCUGCCCGUACUUGAAAUUCGCUCACUUUACGGCCAAUCAAGCCAUCCUCGAAGCCCUCCAAGGCAAAACUCGAGUUCAUGUCAUCGAUUUUUCGAUGAACCAAGGGAUGCAGUGGCCGGCGCUGAUGCAAGCCCUGGCGCUCCGACCGGGCGGGCCACCUGCCUUUCGGCUUACGGGUAUCGGGCCUCCGGCGUCCGACAACUCCGACCAUCUCCAAGAAGUGGGCUGGAAGCUGGCCCAAUUGGCUGAAACCAUCCAUGUGGAGUUUGAAUACAGAGGGUUUGUGGCGAACAGCUUGGCUGAUCUGGACGCGUCCAUGCUCGAACUCAGACCGAGCGAGGUCGAAUCGGUGGCUGUUAACUCGGUCUUCGAGUUACACAAGUUAUUGGCUCGCCCUGGCGCGAUUGAGAAGGUCCUGUCUGUGGUUAAGCAAAUGAAGCCGGAGAUUGUCACCGUGGUGGAGCAAGAGGCAAACCACAACGGUCCGGUUUUCAUGGACCGGUUCAACGAGUCGCUGCACUAUUACUCGACUCUUUUUGACUCGCUAGAGGGCUCGGUGAACAGUCAGGAUAAGGCGAUGUCAGAGCUGUAUUUGGGGAAGCAAAUCUGCAACGUGGUGGCUUGUGAAGGGGUGGACCGGGUUGAGAGGCACGAGACUUUGACUCAGUGGCGAACCCGGUUGGACUCGGCCGGUUUUGUGCCGGUCCACCUUGGGUCGAACGCGUUCAAGCAAGCGAGUAUGCUGUUGGCUUUGUUCGCCGGCGGGGAUGGGUAUCGAGUGGAAGAGAACAAUGGUUGUUUGAUGUUGGGUUGGCACACUCGCCCACUCAUCGCCACUUCGGCUUGGAAACCCGGUUGCGACUCGGUGAUGGCUCACUGA